GAGGAGGUAUAAAGGCCCAGGGCCACCAAAGGGCCAUCACUCCACACACCUCUACUGCCUUUUGAGAAGAGCGACUGGACCCAGGUGCUGACCAUGUCCCAGUUGGUGGAAUGUGUCCCCAACUUCUCAGAGGGGAACAACCAGGAGGUGAUUGAUGCCAUUUCCCGAGCCAUCUCCCAGACCCCAGGCUGUGUGCUACUGGAUGUUGAUGCUGGACCCUCCACCAACCGCACUGUCUAUACUUUCGUGGGGCAGCCAGAGUGUGUGGUCGAGGGAGCUCUCAAUGCUGCCCGCAUGGCCUCACAGCUCAUCGACAUGAGCAAGCACAAGGGAGAGCACCCUCGCAUGGGUGCUCUGGAUGUUUGUCCCUUCAUCCCGGUGAGGGGCGUCAGCAUGGACGAGUGUGUGCUAUGUGCUAAGGCCUUUGGCCAGCGGCUUGCUGGGGAGCUCAAUGUACCAGUGUACCUCUAUGGUGAGGCAGCGCAGACACCCAGUCGGCAGACCCUGCCCGCUAUCCGGGCUGGAGAGUAUGAGGCCCUGCCUGAGAAGCUCAAACAGGCAGAAUGGGUGCCUGACUUUGGCCCUAGCUCCUUUGUCCCCAGUUGGGGCGCCACUGUCACAGGUGCACGGAAAUUCCUCAUUGCAUUCAACAUCAACCUUCUCAGCACCAAGGAACAGGCCCAUCGUAUUGCUCUCAACCUGCGGGAGCAGGGCCGCGGGAAAGACCAGCCAGGACGUCUGAAAAAGGUUCAGGGCAUCGGUUGGUACCUGGAUGAGAAGAACCUGGCUCAGGUGUCCACAAACCUCCUGGACUUUGAGGUCACAGCUCUGCACACAGUCUAUGAGGAGGCCUGCAGAGAGGCUCAGGAGCUGAACCUCCCAGUGGUGGGCUCGCAGCUGGUGGGCCUGGUGCCUCUGAAGGCCUUGCUGGAUGCCGCGUCCUUCUACUGCAACAAGGAGAAGUUGUUUGUUCUGGAGGAGGAGCACCGGAUACGGCUGGUGGUGAACCGGCUGGGCCUGGAUUCCCUGGCACCCUUCGACCCAAAGGAGAGGAUCAUUGAGUACCUGGUUCCAGCUAGUGGACCCGAGCAGAGCCUGAUGGACAAGUCACUGCUCAAUUUUGUUCGGGAGGUGGGCGCCCGCUCUGCUGCCCCAGGCGGCGGCUCUGUAGCAGCGGCUGUUGCAGCCAUGGGUGCAGCCCUGGCCUCUAUGGUGGGCCAGAUGACCUACGGGCGGCGCCAGUUUGAUCACCUGGACUCCACCAUGCGGCGCCUGAUCCCACCAUUCCAUGCGGCCUCCGCCCAGCUAAUCCCAUUGGUGGAUGCUGAUGCCCAGGCUUUUGCUGCCUGUCUGGAGGCAAUAAAGCUGCCCAAGAACACAGCCGAAGAAAGGGACAGGCGGGCCUGUGCUCUGCAGGAGGGGCUGAGACAGGCAGUUGCUGUGCCCCUGAAGCUGGCAGAGACUGUGUCCCAGCUGUGGCCGGUGCUGAAGGAGCUGGCCCUGUGUGGGAACCUGGCCUGCUUGUCUGACCUGCAGGUGGCAGCCAAAGCCCUGGAGACAGGAGUGUUCGGUGCGUACUUCAAUGUGCUCAUCAACUUGAAGGACAUGACCGAUGAUGCAUUUAAAGAGAAGAUGCGCCAUCGAAUCUCCAGCCUUCUGCAGGAAGCCAAGACCCAGGCUGCACUGGUGCUGGAUAGCCUAGAAGCACGGAGGGAAUGAAGAAGUGCCCCCAUCCCCCCAUGCCAUGAAUGGUCCAACUUCCAGGGGUCUUUACCUAUCCUAAGUGACCCAAGCCUGCUUGGAGGGAAGAUUCAGCCAUGACGUCAGCAGUGUCAGGUUGGGGCUCUACACACAGCUGUCUAUGUAGGAUGGUGUAGAUGUAACGGAGCUGGGUUGGGGUAGGGAGUAGGGGCUGAUUGGUGGUGGUCUACUGCAGGCAUUCAGCCUGAUACCCUCUGUUACCUGUGGCUUCUAGUAAAUUCUAAACACAAA